GGGCUCGGGAUCGUCUUGCUUUGCGAGGGCGGGGACCUGCAGAAGCCCAGCCUGGCUGGGGUGUCCCGGUCAGUUGCUGGCACCCCAUCGCGGCGCUGCCUCUGUUGGGCAGGGAGGGCGGUGAGAUGCUGCCCGGCCGGGGACGAUCCGAGGAGCUCCUGGGGCUCGCUCGCAUCGCCAUCUGGGGUCCCAGCCUGCAUCUCUCUCCCUCGGGGGCGCAUCGCUGGUGAAAGCCCUUUUCUCCGUCAGGGCCAGGGGAGUACAAGUCAGGUCCAGGGCAGGACAAGUCGGGGCCAGGGGAGGACAAGAUCUGACCCUUCUAGAAAAGGAUCACUUGCGUUUUAACGGACUUUGGACAUCUGCUGAAAGUGUUGGAGUGGAACAACUGGACGGGAGCAAGCGCUGCACUGUCAGGUGUUGUCUGGUUUGCAGUCCUGCUGGUAAAGUUUAACCUGAAGCCUCUUUGCCUGCAAACUCACAGUAUGAAAGAUAUGGGCUUCAACCUGUCUUUCCACUUUUCCUACAAGUUCCGCCUGCUGCUACUUUUUACCUUGUGCCUCACUCUGGUUGGGUGGGCCACCAGUAACUACUUCAUGGGUGCUAUUCAAGAGAUUCCCAAAGCAAAGGACUUCGUAGCUGGUUCCAAGAAGGCUGUAGCUUUGGGGAAAGAGGAAAUGCUCACCAGUGAAGCAUCCAGGAAAAAAGCAGAGCUUGACAAUUGUCCUUCAGUGUCUCCAAACCUCAGGGGCCGGAGUAAGCUCAUUUUCAAACCCGACCUCAAGCUGGAGGAAGUAGAGGCAGAAAAUCCCAAGGUCGACAGAGGCCGGUAUCACCCUGAGGAAUGUAAGGCUUUGCAGCGGGUCGCCAUCCUCAUCCCUCACCGGAACAGAGAGAAACACCUGAUGUACCUGCUAGAAUACCUGCACCCCUUCCUGCAGAGGCAACAGCUGGACUAUGGCAUUUACAUCAUCCACCAGGCUGGAGCUAAAAAGUUUAAUAGAGCCAAACUCCUGAAUGUGGGCUAUCUCGAAGCUCUCAAGGAGGAGAACUGGGACUGCUUUGUAUUCCACGACGUGGACCUGGUGCCCGAGAAUGACUUCAACCUUUACCUGUGUGAGGAUCAGCCCAAGCACCUGGUGGUUGGCAGGAACAGUACUGGGUACAGGUUACGUUACAGCGGAUAUUUUGGGGGUGUUACUGCCUUAAGCAGAGAGCAAUUUUUCAAGGUGAAUGGAUUCUCUAACAACUACUGGGGAUGGGGAGGCGAAGACGAUGACCUCAGACUCAGGGUUGAGCUUCACAGAAUGAAAAUAUCUCGGCCAAAACCUGAAGUGGGUAAAUACACAAUGAUCUUCCACACUAGAGACAGAGGCAAUGAAGUGAACAUGGAAAGGAUGAAGCUCUUGCACCGGGUGUCACAGGUCUGGAAAACAGACGGCUUGACUAGCUGUUCUUAUAAAUUAUUGUCUGUGGAACAUAAUCCUUUAUAUAUCAACAUCACAGUGGAUUUCUGGGCUGGUGCAUGACGCUGAAUCUUUUGGCGUUUGUAAAACUGAUUGCAAUAAUUUUGGCCUAGAGACUUUCUCUAGUAGCACACAUUGAGAACUUGUUGCAGCCAGUUACUGAGCUGAAUGUUUCCUUUUUGCAUUUUCUUAGCAGAGCUCCUGAUGAUAUCGAAUGUAAACGACUGUAACAAUACAGGUUUUUUAAUUGUUUUGAUCAUUUAGGGUUAAAUAUUGUAAUAGGUAGUUGAAAGACAGCAUAAAAAGAUGACUGAAAGGAUAUCAUGAAGGCUUCCUGAAAACUCGGAUUGGGGGGGAUUUAUUUAAGUUUGAAGUGGUGCAUUAUGAGAGAAAAGCUCAUAGAAAAUGGGAUUGCUGAAUGUCUCAGAGAACUGGAAUUGUUCUCAUCCAAGCAAGAAAGGUACGAAGACACAUUUCCAUUGCUCAUUUAUCCUGCGUGGGAUCUGUGAAAUGGUGGGUCCUG